UUUAGUGGACAUUUGACAGGGAAAGUGCUAGGAAAUCACUAGGACAGGCUCUGACAUUUUGAGGCUACCGUCGCAAAAAGAUGACCUUUCAACACUGAUCUUAUUCUCGUCACUUCAGAUUACUACCUACGUACCAGAUACUUCAUUAUUCUAACUUAUCCCUUCCCUCAUCCUCCUUUCCCGUCAGGUAUUGCCUUUAACGGACGAAUAUUUAGUUCCAGCCAGAAUUCUUGCCAAUGAAUCGGUAACAAGCAAUUAUCCGUUAGGUGCUUCCUUGAGGUGAACGUAGCAAUCAUGGCUGGAACUGGAUUAUUCAUUCUUCUCGCCUUAACGGUUGUUAUGGCAUUGGCCUCCUUUCUUGCAGGCGCACUACCAUUAUCCAUGUCCCUGUCACAAUCGCAACUUCGAUUGAUAUCAAGCAUCGGCAUAGGCAUACUCGUCGGCACAUCUUUGAUAGUUAUAAUACCGGAGGGGGUGGAGGCGAUAACCGAAGCUUCGAUUCCUACGCAUUCCCAAAAUACUAGAAGUUUACAUGGUCUAGGACAUAUGUUGGCUCCUAGAUGGGCACAAGAUCCAGACACGACACCAAGCGACGACAUCAAGACCUCCACCGGAAGCCAACAUGCUGGGAUUGAAGUUCCAACUUUCUAUAUUGGCCUUUCCUUAAUCACGGGUUUCAUUCUUAUGUUCCUCAUCGACCGACUUCCUCGCCAUGCGUCGGAAAACUUCCAACCGCCUCCACCGCCAAGACAUAUCAGCCUAAGCAAUCUGGGUGGCUCAUCCCUCUCUGGUGACGAAGAAGAGUCCGAGGGCUUCCUUGGAUCCUUAACACCGACACCGAAACAGUCGAGGAGCCUGGCAACUACUACAGGACUAGUCAUACAUGCCGCGGCAGAUGGCAUCGCAAUGGGGGCAUCUGCCACUUCGCCGGACACGAAGCUAGGUUUUAUUGUAUUCAUUGCCAUAAUGGUACACAAGGCACCAGCAGCGUUUGGCCUUACCUCCAUUCUCUUAAAACAGGGCCUCUCUAAACGCGCGGCUCGAGGUCACUUGAUUGUAUUCAGCCUAGCAUCCCCAUUUGGUGCAUGGGCAACUUUCAUACUUGUUAGUUUCCUUGGGGGAGGCGGCGAGGGUCAGCUGAAUCAGUGGUGGACUGGAAUGUUGUUAUUAUUCUCGGCGGGAACCUUUCUUUAUGUCGCGAUGCACUCUAUGCAAGAAGGCGACUCGCCCUCCGGACACGACACCGGCUCAAUCCCCAACGGUUAUGCCGAUGGGAACCAACGAAAACAUGCCCACCCUCAGAUGCGGGAAACACUGGCGACAGUAAUUGGAAUGUUCUUGCCUCUUCUCACGCAGUUCGGUCACCAUCACUAAACAUUCCACGAAAAUAAUUUGGGUUGUGUUUCCUUUUAUUCAAAAUUUGUAUUGCCACUAGGCUAUAGAAGGAGUCGGAAUCUUGGGAUUGGAUGGCCGGCAUAUCUAGGUUAAGGACAUGAGGCGGUCCUCGAUAUGCGUUACCCCUUAGCAUCCUACCCUGCCUAGGUGGGUAGGCAUAUUAAGGGCGUAUUCAAAAGACAUUGAAUGCUAUACGAUCGCAACGAGGUCCUCGUCGGAGACAGGAUUCCUUGUGCAAUUUCAUGUACAGAAUAUACCCAUUGACUGUAUAUAGACCAACUUGUUGUUCAUUUUCUUGAUUGCAUACUUGAAUGCGGGCUGUCCACACUGCCUGUCCAGAGUAACGGAUUUACCAAUGUGUUAAGACGAUAAUUGGGU